AAAAAAAAAAAGGCACUAUUCCAAAUACCCUACCAAACACGACCUUACCAUGUGAAUCGGCUUUCUAAAACACACAAGAAGUCGUGGACGGAACGGAGAGCAAGAUGGAUGAAAGCAACAUUAAGAUCACAGUAAAGUUCACCACACGAUCGAUGCCAAUAACUGUAUCACAUGACUCAACAGUUCAAUCCUUGAAGACGCUUCUUCUACCUCUCACUAGUAUCCUCCCUCGUGGCCAAACGCUCAUCUUUAAAGGCCGAAUUUUGGAGAAUGAUAAGUCUUUGAGAGAGUCUGGGAUCGUCAAUGGAGCCAGGAUCAUGCUUGUGGGAUCUAAGGGUUUGCACCAAGGGGAUGGUCCAAAGAUGGGAGAGGCUCCAAGCCGAAUUAUUUCAAGGAAGACUAAUGUAGUGAAUGAGAAGAAGGAAUUCAAAGCUGAUAAGAGCCGUACUGAACGGUGGAAGGCUACCAAUAUUGUAGCAUUGGCCGAAUGCAACUUGAAGGACAUUCCUGAUGAAGUUUGGCCUUGUGCACCUUUUAUAAGAAUCCUUGAUAUCAGCCACAAUUUCAUUCAAUAUGUACCUGACCGGAUUGAUUGUCUUACUGGAUUGAGGAAAUUGUCUCUUGAUGGAAAUGGUUUGUCGGAUGAAUCCAUUAACUGGCAAGGACUCACAAGUCUGAAGCUUCUACAAGUUCUAUCUUUAAGCCAAAACUGUUUGAACACUGUGCCUUCCACACUGGGUCUUUUGACUUCUCUGCAGCAGCUACAUGUUGCGAACAACAAGUUAACUGCCCUCCCAAUUGAAAUAGGAAAUCUGACUGAGCUUGAAGUUUUGAAAGUCAACAAUAAUAGGAUAAGCUCCAUUCCUUCAAAUAUAGGCAACUGUACUUCUCUUAUUGAGGUAGAUCUUUCAUCAAAUCAUCUGUCGGAGUUGCCAGAGGGAUUUUGCAGUUUGCAUAACUUGAAGGCAUUGCAUCUCAGUAACAAUGCUAUGACAAGCCUUCCAAAUUCGUUAUUCAGAAUGUGCACCCAGCUCUCAACGUUGGAUCUUCAUAAUACAGAAAUCACUAUGGAUACCCUCCGCCAGUGUGAAGGAUGGGAAGAUUUUGACGAGCGCCGUCGUGCAAAGCAUCAGAAGCAAAUAGAUUUCAGAGUUAUGAAUUCUGCCGAAUUUGAUGAAGGUGCUGAUAAAAAUUGAGUUGAUUAGUUUAUGGUUACCGAUGGCAAUUGUGCAAGUUACUGCUGAAAAUCUUGCUUUUCCAUUUUGAUAAAAGGAACAUAAUAUUUGAUUCAACUUUACUGUUAUGUGAAUAUUUAUAACAGGAUGGCUUAUUUUAGCUUUGUAUAGGAUUAUCCCAUGAGAACUUUUUUGGAAGUAAUGGAAACCUGUUGAUUUUA